GGUCGGGUUUCCUAUUCCUAAAGCCUGAGGGGAGAAAUAUAAGAUAAGCAGAAGACAUUGUGAAACGUGCCCUCCUCCUCCCCCAGCACUGAUGUGCGGUAUACAGAGUCACGGAGCGGGAACACGGAAGUGUCCGCUGUCUUAGUGCACAAGUGACAGCUCGGUGACAGCCCGUGGCAUGAAGCGGUGCUGUAUGCGCCUCAGAGCAUGGCUUCCCUGUCCAGCGCGGAAAGGCGGGCAUUCGCCCUGAAACUCAACAGGCAUUCUUCAGCAGAAAUCCGGAAGCAUGUCUCUCUUUACCACAGCACAGAGACUUUACCCCUACGCAACCUCAACACCACCCCAUCCUCCUUGCAGCUACCUCCAUUUUAUGACAUUGUCGAUCCAAUAGAUUUUGAAAAUUACCUAAUGACGCACGCCAUUAACUAUGAUUAUGAACUGCUUCAAGACUUUGGUGACUUCCCUGAUGAUGAUUUGGAACUCACAUAUAAAGGCAAAGAAUGCCGGACUCUGCAGCCUUCCCUGCCAGAAGAUGGAGCUGAGCUGGAUCUACAUGUCAGGGACUGUAUUCGGACGUACUUACGGGACUGGUUGAUUGUUAACAGAAAAAACCAAGAGAACUCAGGGAGCAGCAGCUUUAGCAGAAGUGAGUCCAGGAAGGAUUUGAAGAAGGCUCUUCAGAAACAAGCAUUUGAGUCAGAUGAAACAUUCUCUCAAACAAAUGAUCAGGCUGAUGGACGUCCCAUGACAGUGAUGUGUGAUGAAUCAGGGAGAGCCACGCUCUCCACCUGUGAUUUUGAUUUGCGUGGUUUAAAUCCAGAAAGCCGUGUGAAGGAUUUGCUUCAGAUUACUAAUGUGGAGGAACUGGAAAGACAGAAUGAAGAAACCCGCAAAGCCAAUAGACAGGCCGAACUUUUUGCCUUGACUCCACCCGUAGAUGAGGAAGAUACCGUGGAAAUCCGUCCUGUGCCUGAUUGUCCAAAGGAACACAUGGGUUACAGGCUAAUGGUCAAGCUGCACAGUUUGAAAUUUGACAUAGAUAUAGAGCCUCUAUUUGCAAGUAUUGCACUGUAUGAUUUUAAAGAAAAGAAGAAGAUCUCUGAAAAUUUCUAUUGUGAUUUGAAUUCAGACGUGUUCAAGGGUUUCCUGAGGAACCACAUACCCAACGUAGAUUCAUCCAGCCAAGCCCGAGCUGCUGUGUUUUCAAUAACCUAUCCCUCUCAAGACAUCUUCUUAGUUGUAAAGAUUGAAAAGGUCCUCCAACAAGGAGAAAUCUCAGACUGUGCUGAACCGUAUAUGACGUUAAAAGAAAGUGAUGCUGGAAAGACCAAAGACAAAGUGGAGAAGCUGAAAUCUCAAGCUGAAAACUUUUGCCAGCGCCUGGGAAAGUACCGAAUGCCAUUUGCCUGGGUUCCCAUCAGUCUUUUAAGUUGCAUUAAUAUGAUGACCUUGGAAAGAGAAUCCCCAGAUAUUGAAAACACCAAUGGUGACAGGAGGUCCUCGUUGACUCAAGGAAGGCGAUUCUCUGAAAGAAGCAACUCCCUGGAAGAUAACUCGCCUCUACCAUUUAAACCAACAACACUUGCCAUAAACUCUUUCUUCAAACAGGAAGGAGACAAGCUCAGUGAUGAGGACUUAUUUAAGCAUUUAGCAGAUUACAAGCGAUCAUCUCUGCAAAGGCGAAUCAAAUCUAUCCCAGGUGCCCUGAAGCUUGAAAUUUCGCCUGUCUGUGAUGGGCUCAACUGUUGUCUUACCCCUGAGCUCCUACCAGUAAAACCCUUCCCAGAAAGUCGAACUCGCCCCAUUAAAGAGAUCCUUGAGUUUCCAGUGAAAGAAGUGUAUGUUCCACAUACCACCUACAGAAAUGUUUUGUAUGUCUACCCUCAAAGAGUGAACUUUGCUAACAAACUCUCCUCUGCAAGAAACAUUACAAUCAAACUACAGUUUAUGUGCGGUGAAGAUGCCAAGAACGCAAUGCCGGUCAUUUUUGGAAAGUCUAAUGGUCCGGAGUUUCUGGAGGAAGUUUAUACGACGGUGACAUAUCACAACAAAGCUCCUGAUUUCUAUGAAGAAGUGAAAAUUAAACUUCCGGCUGUUCUCACAAAGAAACACCAUCUGUUGUUUUCAUUUUAUCACAUUAGCUGUCAACCCAAACAAGGUGCCACCGUGGAAACUCUUCUGGGAUAUUCAUGGUUGCCAAUCUUGGUAAAUGAUCGCCUUCAAACAGGACAUUAUUGCCUGCCUGUGGCUGUAGACAAGCUGCCUCCAAACUAUUCCAUGCAUUCUCCAGAGAAAGUGCAGAAUCUCUCGACACCUAUAAAAUGGAUCGAAGGACACAAGGGAAUAUUUAACUUGGGGGUGCAAGCUAUUUCCUCUGUGCACUCGCAGGACAGCCACCUGGAUAGGUUCUUUACUCUCUGCCAUGCGCUGGAAGGCCCAGUGACUUUUCCUAUCAGGGUUCUAGAGCAGAAGAUCACAGAGGCCACCCUAGAACAUGAACUGAAACUCAGCAUUGUCUCCUUAAAUUCUUCUAGACUGGAGCCGUUGGUAUUGUUCCUUCAUCUUGUUCUUGAUAAACUUUUUCAGCUCACUGUGCAGCCCAUGGUAAUUGGAGGACAAACAGCUAAUUUUUCCCAAGAUGCAUUUGAAUGUGUGGUAUCUAUUGUAAACAGUCUGCAUAACAGUAAAGAUCUAAGCAAGGACCAGCAUGGAAGGAAUUGCUUAUUGUCAUCCUAUGUAUACUAUGUGUUUCUCCUGCCUGAGAUACACAAGGACUUUGUUAUAGCAGGUGGAAAUGUAGCCGAGUUACGUUACAACACAGUAGGACGUACAUCAGCUGCCACUGUUGGCUCUAAACUAAUACAGUCCCGAGCAAUAAGUACCAGUAACCCCGACAUCCCUGGCAUGCAAAAUGCUGCAGACGAGGAAGUCAAAACCAUAAUGUCUAACAAGGUCAUUGGUCGCAACUGCAAUCGUAUGUCCUUUUUUAUUGAAGGCAGUAAUGACACACAGUCUACCAUUCCCAACACAAGACCAUCUAGUAAAAAGCAUUUUCACGAAGAGCUGGCACUUCAGAUGGUGGUCAGCACUGGGAUGGUCAGAGAAAGUGUUUUCAAGUACGCUUGGUUCUUCUUUGAACUUUUGAUAAAAAGCAUGACACAGUACAUCCACAAUAUGGACAGACCAGAUGUGCCUAGAAGGAAUCGCUUCUCUGACCGGUUUAAAGAUGACAUAAGUACCAUUGUGAAUGUCAUCACUGCUGAAAUUGGAGCUCUUUUAAGCAAGCCACAAAAGGAGGCAGAACAAGCAGAGAAAAUCAACAUAAGUUUGGCAUUUUUCAUAUAUGAUUUAAUAUCCCUAAUGGACCGUGGUUUCGUGUUUAAUCUCAUCAAGCUUUACUGCAAUCAGUUAACAACCAAACUGAAUUCGUUCCCAACCUUGAUUUCUAUGAGACUGGAAUUCCUGAGGAUUCUGUGCAGCCAUGAACAUUAUCUCAACUUAAACCUCUUCUUUGUGGCAUCUUCAUCAUCGCCAGCUUCUCCCUGUCCUUCUGUUUCUUCUGAGAACUCGAGCUCCUGCUCCAGUUUUCCAGACCAGAGAAUCAGCGGAAUGUUUGAGCUCUCUGCAGAUUACCGCCAAAAGCAUUUCCUAAUUGGGCUUCUCUUCACCGAACUGGAUGCUGCCUUGGACUCUGAAAUCGAAGGCAUUGCUAGGGUACAGAAAAAAGCUAUUAAUGCAGUAUACAGUUUGCUGAGCUCGCACGACUUAGACCCACGCUGCCAGAAAACUGAAAUCAAAAACAAGAUUGCUGCUCUCUACCUGCCUUUGGUCAGCACCAUUUUGGAUGCUCUACCCCAGCUGCAUGAUCUCUCCGUGUUAGACUCACGAGGGGGAAAGAUCCGCAAUGCGGAUGAAGAACAAGACACUCCAAGUCCAAUUAACCCAAAUGUUGCAAUGGCUGUAGCUGGAAAUCAUUUCAACUUGAAGCCUUCUGCCAUGACUCUUACAUCUGUGCCUCUUAAAAUGUAUACUACAAUGAGUCCUGAAUCCACAAGAAAACUCUUAACCUGCUUCCUGUGGAUCAUGAAAAACGCAGAGCAGAGUUUGAUCCAGAGGUGGCUUGCCUACUUACCUACGCUCCAGCUGAACAGAGUCUUGGAUUUACUGUACAUGUGCGUCUCGUGCUUUGAGUACAAAGGGAAGCAGUCAUCGGACAGAGUGAGCACGCUGGUACUUCAGAAGUCAAAGGAUGUAAAAGCCCGACUGGAGGAAGCAUUGCUAAGGGGUGAAGGAGCCAGGGGAGAAAUGAUGAGGCGAUGGAAAACGGCAGGCAAUGAUAGAUUUGCUGGACUUAGUGAGAACUUGAGGUGGAGAAAGGAGCAGACGCAGUGGCGCCAAGCCAACGAGAGACUUAAUUUGACAAAGGCUGAAAUUGACCAGGAAGCCAUCUUGAGUGGAAACCUGGCUACUGAGGCCAAUCUGGUCAUUUUGGAUAUGCUGGAAAUUAUUAUACAGGUAAACUUGACAACUGAGUGUAAGGACAACCUACUUGGAGGAAUUCUCAAAGUUCUCGUACACUCCCUGAGCACCAAUCAGAGCAUAACCUACCUGUCUCAUUGCUUUUCCUCCAUACGUCUGAUCGUUAUCAAGUUUGGGGACUUCCUGUUCGAGGAGGAAGUGGAACAGUGUUCUGAUCUAUGCCAAAAAGUCUUGCAUCAUUGCAGCAGUUCUAUGGAAAGCACACGGAUCCAGGCUUGUGCCACCCUGUACUUGAUCAUGAGAUACAGCUUCAGCAGCACAAGUAACUUUGCCAGAGUGAAGAUGCAGGUUACCAUGUCACUGGCAUCACUGGUUGGUAAAUCACAGGACUUCAAUGAAGAGUAUCUUCGAAAAUCUCUGAGGACUAUACUGGCUUAUGCAGAAGAAGAUGAAGAGAUGCAAUGCACUCUUUUUCCAGCACAGGUGGAUGAACUUUUGAGUAACCUUAACAGCAUACUGUCAGACACUGUAAAAAUGCGGGCAUUUCAGGAGGACCCAGAAAUGCUGAUGGAUCUUAUGUACAGAAUUGCCAAGGGUUAUCAAACGUCUCCAGACCUGCGGCUGACAUGGCUACAGAACAUGGCAGAGAAACAUGUUAAGAGGAAGUGUUACACAGAAGCAGCUAUGUGCCUGGUACAUGCAGCUGCUCUGGUGGCGGAAUAUCUAAGCAUGUUGGAAGAUUGCAGCUACUUACCCGUUGGCAGUGUGAGCUUUCAGAAUAUAUCCUCUAACGUCAUAGAAGAAUCAGCCGUUUCUGACGACAUUCUGACUCCGGAUGAAGAUGGUGUGUGUUCCGGGAGGUACUUCUCUGAAAAUGGACUGGUUGGCCUGUUGGAACAGGCUGCAGAGCUCUUCAGCACAGCAGGGUUCUAUGAAACGGUGAACGAAGUCUAUAAGAUUGUCUUACCUGUUCAUGAAGCACACCGGGACUACCGCAAGCUCACGUUGACUCAUGAAAAACUGCAAAAGGCUUUCAGCAACAUACUAAUCAAGAGCCACAAGCGAAUGUUUGGAACUUACUUCCGUGUUGGCUUCUAUGGUGCCAAAUUUGGAGAUUUAGAUGAACAGGAAUACAUUUAUAAGGAACCAGCUAUCACCAAACUUCCUGAGAUAGCCCACAGACUAGAAGGAUUUUAUGGUCAGUGUUUUGGAGAGGACUCUGUGGUGGUGAUUAAAGACUCCAUCCCUGUGGACAAAUCAAAACUGGAUCCUUCCAAGGCCUACAUACAGAUUACAUUUGUGGAACCUUAUUUUGAGGAGUAUGAAAUGAAGUACAGAGUUAAUUACUUUGAAAAGAACUACAAUCUCCGCCGAUUCAUGUACACCACCCCUUUUACAUUGGACGGGCGGCCCAGGGGAGAGCUAAAUGAGCAAUACAAGAGAAAAACUAUACUGACCACAAUGCACGCCUUCCCUUACAUCAAAACUCGCAUAAACGUCAUUCAGAAAGAAGAGUUCACGCUUACACCCAUUGAAGUUGCCAUAGAAGACAUGCAGAAAAAGACUCUAGAGCUAGCUCUUGCCACCAGCCAGGACCCACCAGAUGCUAAAAUGCUUCAGAUGGUUCUUCAAGGCUCAGUUGGCGCCACUGUAAAUCAGGGACCACUAGAGGUAGCUCAAGUGUUUCUGGCCGAGAUUCCAGCUGACCCAAAGCUCUACAGACAUCACAACAAGUUGCGACUGUGUUUCAAAGAGUUUAUAAUGAGGUGUGGUGAGGCAGUGGACAAGAACAAGACGCUUAUUUCAUGUGACCAAAGAGAAUACCACCAGGAACUGAAGAAGAAUUACAAUAAACUGAAAGAGAACCUUCGACCCAUGAUUGAGCGCAAGAUCCCUGAGCUGUACAAGACUGUAGUGAGGACCCGCAAUGAAGAAAGGACAUUAUCACAAAGAUCCAGCUUCAGGAAAUACGACUCACAAGUUUUUCAGAAUAGUUGAAUUUCUGGAUCCAGCCAAGUGAAAUGAUCAAAUAAGCAUAGACGCAUCAUGGCAUUCACAAUUAGCACACAAAUGUCUAACAUCAAAAACAAA